AUGGUAGAGCAACCCGCAAACGUGGAUGCCGCCUUGAAUACCCCAGUUGUGGUUGAUUCAAACGAUGAUGGAACAGUCGCCCAGGAACUGGAAUUACAGCAUAUGAGGAGUACAUUGGAAGAGGCGAUUGUGGAAACGCGCAGUACGCCUCUCGAAAAUCCACCGCGACUUCCCCGCAUAGCCCUAAGCAAGCGGAAUCGGGCUGUCGUGAGGGCUCUGAACCCAAUGCUGGUGACCUAUUUCGAAGCCAGCCGGGUAACCUUUAAAACCUCGGACCUUUGCGAUACGUUCCUCAAUUCUUUUUGGCGCCGCGCUAGCAGUCUGCCGUAUCAUAGGCGCCAAGGUUUCCACGGCUGGACGCGCUACUGGCCAUAG